AUGGCAAGAUACCGCCCAGAUCCCCGCUACUCCGGCGACCUGCCGUACCGCGACGCCCCGCCCGCCCGCUGGGACCGAGAAACCUUCUCUCGCGAACGAGACCACCGCGGUCCUAGCGGCCCUCCACCACCGUUCGAGCGCUACGACGAUCCCUACCGCUCACCACCACGCCGUGGUACAACCACUAUCGAACGAGAACGGAUUUACGAAGACGACCGAUAUGGUCCAGGGCGCGAGCGGGAUGUCCGAUACUAUGAGGACGACUACUACCGCUCUUCCGACCCGCGUGCCGCUGGAGGUGCAAUGGUACCGUUUCGUCCUGAGCGCCCGGCACGACCAGAGCCGCCUGCGAGAAUGCUGCGGAGGCAGAGCAGCUUAGACUUUUAUGAUAGGCGAGCUCCGAGGCGAUACGACGACGGUUACGACGACCCUUACUCGCCUCGGGGUCCACCACCUCCAGCGCCGCGACCAAGAUUCGAUGAAGUGCAGGUCCAAGAUCCCUAUGCAUACGGGAUGAUGGUUUCAGAGAGUACCGAGAAAGAGAUGGCUGAGAGUGUACGCGAAACGAUCAUUGAGGAGAAAGAGAAGCCCUACCCACGGAGAGGGAAGACGAGGAUGCCAAAGCGGUUGGUGCAUACCAAGGUGCUGUAUGAUCUGGGCUAUCCUUACUAUGAGGAGGAUGAGAAAACUAUUCUCAUCGAGAAGGCACUGGGUCCAGAGAACAUCGAUGAGGUAUUCACGAUGUCCAAGGACUACUUUGCACGUGAAAGUAAGCGAGUCCCAGUCUCGCCAGACCUAUCAGAAGAGACAGUGCUAACAGUCGAAGCUACGACGACACGACUCAUCGAAGCACCGCCGGAGUCUGUGCGAGGCGGGGCGAAAGAGAUCAGGAUCGAGAAAGAAGAAGAGAUCAUCAGGACUGUUCCACUUGAUGACGCGCCGAGAUCAGUUCGAGAUUGGGAUGCAUUGUCUGUUCGGACUGGCAAAUCAGGUCGCUCUCGAUCGAGGAGGAGGUCUCGCCGAGGCUCGAGCCCUGAAAUUAUCAAGGAAGAGAUCAUUGAGAAGAAAGAGAAGAUCAUCGAGCGAGACAUCUCCCCUGCGAGGACGCAUAGGAGUCACCGGCACCAUCGCGACCACUCGCCCGCUACGAGUCGGAGUGGCAGUGAGGUUAUCAUCGAGAAGAAGAUCAUCGAGGAGGAUAACUUCGAUGAGUCGAAUUCAGUCCAUGUUGGGCCACUGGCGCUUGUGGUCGACAGACAUCCCGACCGCACUGAUAGGGACAUCAAGGAGGAGAUUCGACGUCUUGAGGCCGAGCGCCGCGCUCUGAGACGCGAGCGGAGGUAUGAGCGCGAGGGUGGCGAGGUGAUCAAGAUUGAGCGAGUUCGAGACCGAAGCCCAAGUCCGGUAGGGGAGAUCAUCAUCGAGGACAGGAGGGGCAGUGAGAUUGUGGAAGUUAAGAAGGACAAGAGAGGUAGGAUGAGCCUGGUUCGAUAA